AUGGCACCUCAAUUGGAUCCUAAUGUCGAAGCGCUCAGCGAGUUUAGCACCUGUGACGUCUCGGAUGCGCUGCUAAAGCUUAAGGUCCCCCACGGCGGCUUUCUGGCCGGCAUCACCAUGUAUUCGCCCGAGCGACAGACAGGUGCCACCAAGAUCGUCGGCCCGGCCUACACGGUCAAGUAUGCGCUUCUGAGCGACCCGGCCGCCAAGCAUCCGACUCAUUAUAUCGAUGCGGUGCCUGAGGGUGCCGUUCUUUUCGUGUCUAGUCCGCGCACGCCCAAUGCCGUCUUCGGCGGCCUGAUGGCCACGCGGGCGCAGUAUCGCGGCUGUACCGGUGCCGUCAUCGACGGGCGGCUGCGCGACCUACAGGAGCACCGUGACCUGCGUUUCCCCGUAUUUGCGCGCGACGUCGGCACCACAGCGCCGGCUGAGGUGGCCAAGGUUGUCGGCAUCGAUGUGGCGGUGCAGCUGCAGCCGGAAGGCCAGGCAGAGGCCGGGGCUAUCACUACAGCUAAUGCCAUUAUUCACCCUGGCGAUUACGUCAUCGCCGACCUAAACGGCGUCGUCGUGCUGCCACGCGGCCUUGCUGCCCAGGCGUUGUCGCUUAUAAAGAAGCAGGUAACCGCGGACGAGCAGCUUGCGACGGCCCUGCGCGGCGGCGCUUCCUUCGCGGAGGCUAGUAAGAAGUUCCGUGGGUGA